ACGAAUUUAAGAGUGGCGUGAUUCUGUUCUGUAAGACUUUGGAAUGGAAGACAUCGGGAAGGACAACGAUAAAGACAGCAGGAAGGUCAACAUUUUUUCACAACCAUGGAACGACAGCGACGUAGUAUUAGUAGUUGAAGACAACGAGUUUCGUGUCCAUCGUUCUAUUUUGUCAUUGCAAUCCCCGGUGUUCAAGGCGAUGUUCAACGGCAAUUUCAAGGAUGCAACAGAAAAGAAGAUCGAGCUAAAAGAUGAUAAAUAUGAAGCGAUGUUGCUAUUCCUUCAACUAUUAUACCCACCGAACAUGCUGGAUGAGAAUAAAGGCAAUGUAGAUAUCAACGAUGAAAAUGUUCUUCAAAUUCUUGAAGUUGCCGAUAAAUACACAGCAAUAAAUGUGAUAAAGCAAUGUAUGAGAGAAACUGGGCGUCUUAAACCGGAGAAUACAAUGCGUCUACUCCCUUAUGCCUCACGACAUGAAUUACCACUUGAAAAAAUAUUUAAAGUUAUUGCUCGGCGUAUAUCAAUGGAUGAGCUAGAAACGUUUUCAUCACAACUUGGCGACGAUUCUGUUUACAUCAAGACGUUGGAGACAAAGUGUCGCCUUCAAGAGAAUGUCGCAAAGCGGGCACAUACCAUGAUGCUAUAUUUGUUACAAAAAUACGUAGCAGCAGAAAUGGCUAAGGAUAGGGAGAAAAAGUCUGUCAGUUGUGUUCGACACAAAUCUCUCGACGUCGAAAAUUUUAAGGAGGCAAGAAAAUGUGAAAAUUGUUUAGAGGCUUACAAGAAGCGUUUCAUUGAUAAAUAUGUCUACCCCAAUACAUAUAGUUUUGCAGAGAAGAAGUCAUCUCAAAGUAGUUCGGAAUUUAUUGAAUUACUUGAACUUACAGACGAUAUUGCAACUUCUCUGCAAAGUUAGACAUGCACAAUAUCCAACAGGGUUGCUGAGAGGUCGGAAACUUUACAGGAUCACCAACCAUGGCCUGAUUUUCAGGGGUGAGAAACGAUCUCAAGUGAGUUGUGCACCUCCCCUCUACAAACACAAUCACCCC